CGGAAGCGGAAGUGCCGGCCUGGAGCCCGCGCUAGGUGGCUGUCCUAACAUUGCCCAGCCGCUGUCUGCACCAGCCAUGGACUGCUACACGGCGAACUGGAACCCGCUCGGGGACUCUGCCUUUUACCGGAAAUAUGAACUGUACAGCAUGGACUGGGACCUGAAAGAGGAACUCAGGGACUGCCUGGUGGCUGCUGCACCCUAUGGGGGCCCCAUUGCGCUGCUGAGGAACCCCUGGAGGAAGGAGAAAGCUGCCAGCGUGCGACCAGUACUUGAGAUUUACUCUGCUUCUGGUAUGCCUCUGGCCAGCCUACUGUGGAAGAGUGGACCUGUGGUGUCCCUGGGCUGGUCAGCUGAGGAGGAGUUGCUUUGUGUGCAGGAAGACGGUGCAGUGCUGGUUUAUGGGCUUCAUGGUGACUUCCGAAGACACUUCAGCAUGGGCAAUGAGGUGCUCCAGAACCGGGUCCUAGAUGCCCGGAUCUUUCACACUGAAUUUGGUUCUGGGGUGGCCAUCCUCACGGGGGCCCAUCGUUUUACCCUCAGUGCCAAUGUGGGCGAUCUCAAACUCCGCCGGAUGCCAGAGGUACCAGGUCUACAAAGUGCACCCUCAUGCUGGACCACACUCUGCCAGGACCGAGUAGCACACAUUCUCCUGGCUGUGGGGCCUGAUCUUUACCUCCUGGACCAUGCAACCUGCUCUGCAGUGACGCCUCCUGGCCUGGCCCCAGGAGUGAGCAGCUUCCUGCAGAUGGCUGUCUCCUUCACCUACCGACACCUGGCGCUCUUCACAGACACAGGCUAUAUCUGGAUGGGGACAGCAUCACUCAAGGAGAAGCUGUGUGAAUUCAACUGCAACAUUCGGGCACCCCCGAAGCAGAUGGUCUGGUGCAGUCGUCCUCGCAGCAAGGAAAGGGCUGUCGUGGUGGCCUGGGAGAGGCUGCUAAUGGUGGUGGGCGAUGCACCUGAGAGCAUUCAGUUUGUGCUUGAUGAGGAUUCCUACCUGGUACCUGAACUUGAUGGGGUCCGCAUCUUCUCCCGCAGCACCCAUGAGUUUCUACAUGAGGUUCCAGUGGCCAGUGAGGAGAUCUUCAAAAUUGCCUCGAUGGCCCCCGGAGCACUACUGUUGGAGGCCCAGAAGGAGUAUGAGAAAGAAAGCCAGAAAGCAGAUGAGUACCUACGAGAAAUCCAGGAGCUGGGACAGCUGACUCAGGCCGUGCAGCAAUGCAUUGAGGCUGCAGGACACGAACACCGACCAGACAUGCAGAAGAGUCUGCUCAGGGCGGCUUCGUUUGGGAAGUGUUUCCUUGACAGAUUUCCACCUGAUAGUUUCGUGCACAUGUGUCAGGACCUGCGUGUGCUCAAUGCUGUCCGGGACUACCACAUUGGGAUUCCUCUCACCUAUAGCCAAUAUAAGCAGCUCACCAUCCAGGUGCUCCUGGACAGGCUUGUAUUGCGGAGGCUAUAUCCCCUGGCCAUCCAGAUAUGUGAGUACCUGCGUCUUCCAGAAGUACAGGGCGUCAGCAGGAUCCUGGCCCACUGGGCCUGCUACAAGGUGCAGCAGAAAGAUGUAUCAGAUGAGGAUGUUGCACGGGCCAUUAAUCAGAAGCUGGGGGACACGCCUGGUGUCUCAUACUCUGACAUUGCUGCGCGGGCCUAUGGCUGUGGCCGCACAGAGCUGGCCAUCAAGCUGCUGGAAUAUGAGCCACGCUCAGGGGAGCAAGUGCCCCUUCUCCUAAAGAUGAAGAGGAGCAAACUAGCACUGAGCAAGGCCAUCGAGAGUGGGGACACUGACCUGGUGUUCACAGUAUUGCUGCACCUGAAGAACGAGCUGAACCGAGGAGACUUUUUCAUGACCCUCCGGAACCAGCCCAUGGCCCUGAGUUUAUAUCGACAGUUCUGUAAGCAUCAGGAGCUAGAGACGCUGAAGGACCUUUACAAUCAAGAUGACAAUCACCAGGAGCUGGGCAGCUUCCACAUUCAAGCCAGCUAUGCUACUGGAGAGCGUAUUGAGGGACGCGUAGCAGCUCUGCAGACAGCAGCUGACGCCUUUUACAAGGCCAAGAAUGAGUUUGCAGCCAAGGCUACAGAGGAUCAAAUGCGGCUCCUACGGCUACAGAGGCGCCUAGAAGAUGAGUUGGGGGGCCAGUUUCUAGACCUGUCUCUACAUGACACGGUCACCACCCUCAUCCUCAACGGCCAUAACAAACGUGCAGAACAACUGGCCCGUGAUUUCCGCAUCCCUGACAAGAGGCUUUGGUGGCUAAAGCUGACUGCCCUGGCAGAUUUGGAAGACUGGGAGGAACUGGAAAAGUUUUCUAAGAGCAAGAAAUCACCCAUAGGUUACCUGCCCUUUGUGGAAAUCUGCAUGAAACAACACAACAAAUAUGAGGCCAAGAAGUACGCUUCCCGAGUGGGUCCUGAGCAAAAGGUCAAGGCUUUGCUUCUCGUUGGGGAUGUGGCUCAGGCUGCAGAUGUGGCCAUCGAGCACCGGAAUGAGGCUGAGCUGAGCCUUGUAUUGUCCCACUGCACUGGAGCCACAGAUGGAGCCACAGCUGACAAGAUUCAACGAGCCAGAGCACAAGCCCAGAAGAAGUGAGGAGCACUCCCUUCAGGGGGUUCUUCCCCUAGACCCUGGACUUGGCAGAAGUACUUUAUCCAGCUCCUUCCCCAGAGCAAAGCUGAGGAAGGGGCCGGAGAGGAGGGGACUCUCAUUGUAAAUAAAGAUGGGACACUUUAGAAUGCUUGUCUUAUACAGUCCAGCCUAAGAAAAGCAAAUCUGAGGCAGAACCAUCUAGACAUUGCAGCAGAACUCCAUGCAUUUGAUGGUGUUAGCUCUGGAGGUAGGGUUUUACAAGAGGGCCCUGUCUAUCUCCAUAUAGUUAUCAAGGAAAGUUCUAUCAGGCUCACAGACCUGAGGAAGAUUAUGGGGAUAAAUUGCACAAAACUCAGCAAGAAUCACACUGAAAAACACUAUGUGCUUGUGCACACACUCAGGAGAACCAUGUUAAACAUCGUGCCAUUAUUAUUUCAUUUGUUUCUCAUGACAGUCUUGUGAGAUAGAUAACAUCACCCCUCUAACAUAAGAGGAAAUUGAGGACCAGAGAGGUUGCUAAUAGUAAAUGCGUAGCAAAACAAGGAUUUGAAACCCAGAUUGACUUCAAGCUGGAAUGGGAAUCAGGCCCUCUGUGAUCAGGGAACCCUGAGGACAGGCCACAGGAUCUAGGAGAGGCAUGUUGUGGGAGUUGAAGGAGAAGCCUUAGAGAGCCCUGCUUACUGAAUAGUGGUGGCAAUUCCUGAGUGGUGUCUGGGUUGAAGAGGAAAGGAAGCUAGAACAUCUCAAUUCUGCCUAAGAACCGUGAACUAGAGAUUCCUUGGCCUUACCUCACCCCCACCCAGGGGAGACCUCACCUCCAAUCAGUAGGGAGUCUUCUUGGCCCUCUGCUCUUUGUCUCCAGCCUUCAGUCUGUACUCUCAUGCACUGUGUCUCUUCCAUCCAUUACCCAGGGCAUACCAUUUUCUUUGUAUUGCCCUCUUUUGUUUAGCAGGAGGACAAAGGGGAAAGAAAACCAAAGAUCAGCUCUCAUUAGUGCUUCAAACCUUACCCCCCCCAAUACUACUAAGCAUAACCACACUUCAAAAAAGAGGGGGAGGGGCUGAGGCUGUGGCUCAGUGGUAGAGGGCUUGCCUAGCAUGUGUGAAGCACUGGGUUCGAUUCUCAGCACCACAUAUAUAAGUAAGUGAAUAAAAAUAAAGGUCUAUAUAUCUAAAAGAUAUUUUUUUAAAAAGAAGGGGAGACUUGGGACCUGGUAAGUUAUGUCCUUUUCUUUUUCCUCAUCUGAUUUGUAAAUGUAAGUUUGUGAAAAUCCUCCAAGGGGGUAUAGCUCAAAUUCUAAAAUAAUCAUUUAUUAUAUUCACUACUUAUAUGUGGUCAAGAAUUCAGAUAGUGGCUGGGUCUGUAGCUCUGUUAGAAUGCUCACCCAGCAUGUGCCAGCACUGGGGGGGAAAAAAAAAAAA